AUGAACACCAGACGGCGGCUGCGGCCCGCCGGGCCCGACACCCGGCGAUCUUCUCGCUUUUUGCAUUCUUCAUCUUCAUCUGCAGCAAAGAGAAGCCGCGGGGGCGCUGAUGGCCGCGGCGAAGAUCCCAGCGGCCCCCCCGCCGCCGCCCGCAAGCGCCCGCGAUUCGAAGACGAAAAUAUUGAAUCGGACUCUGCCUCUGGCGUGGAAAGCCCCCCUCAGACUGACAGCGAGUCUGAAGACGGUGCAGCAGCAGGGGAAACAGCGGACGAGGCGCGGCUGCGGGUGGCUCGGGCGUAUCUGCGGGAGCUGUCUGCUGCUGCUGCUGCUGGUGCUGCUGCUGGGCAGCCGCGGGAAAAGGACUUUGCGGGAUUUUCGACGGAGUCCCAGGGACUUGAAGCAGACCCGGCCUUUGGCUCUGCCAGCAGCAGCAGCAGCAGCAGCGAGAGCGAGGGGCCCCGGGGGCCCCCCGAAGACUCAGAAGAAGAAGACCUUUUUGAUUCGGAGACAGAAAAGGAGAAGUUGGUGGAGACCCUCAAGAGCCGCAAGCAGCAGCAAAAGGCCUCAUUUCGCUGCGUGGCCCAGGGGCUGUGUCUGCGGGACUUGGGAUUUUUCAAAGGACAUAAACUGCCAGUGACAUCAGUGGCUUUGCCGGGCCUGGGGGGGCCCCCCAGGUGUGCAUACACCGGAGGCAAGGACUGCUGCAUUCUCCGCUGGGACCUCCAGACUGGCCAAAAGGACAUUUUCAAGGGUUGCCGCAACGCGUGCGCGUUCGAGCUGCGGGGCCACCGGGGCCCGGUGACCGGGUUGAGCCUGAACGGGGGCCCCCUGGGGGCCCCCGACGAAGACAGUCCUUUGCUGAGCUGCAGCGAAGACAAAAGCAUCAAAAGUUGGAAUCUGAAUUGCCGAUUAGUUUCCAACCAGUUUUAUGGCCACACUGCAGCAGUCAACUGUAUAGACACCAUGCAGCCCAACAAGCCCCUCACUGGCGGCAGCGACGGCACCCUCAGGGCCUGGAAGCUGGUGCAGGACACGCACCGGGCGUUUCCGUCUCUGGGGUCCUGCGUGGACUCCGUGGCUUGUUUGUCUCCUUCUUUGUUUGCCUGUGGGGCCCAGGGGGGCCUUUUGGCUCUCUUCAGCAGCAGCAGCAGAAGGCCGCUGGCCUGCGUGCGCGCGGGGCGCCCGGGUGUCUGUACACCGCAGCAGCAGCAGCUGGGCGUCAGUACACCGCAGCAGCAGCAGCAGCCGGGCCUCGCGAAGCCCCAGCAGCCACCGGGAGUCAGCGCGCCGCAGCAGCAGCAGGCUGUCUGUACACCGCAGCAGCAGCCGGGUGUCUGUACACCCCAGCAGCAGCAGCAGCAGCAGCAGCAGCCAGGUGUCUGUACACCCCAGCGGCCACUCAGAGCCACCGGAAACCCCACAGGCGUUUCCGCCCUCUGCGCUCUCCCCGGCACUGACGGCCUUCUUGUGGGCACUGAGGCCGGCACGCUGCAGCUCUGGGAGGCUGCGCAGGGACAGAAGGGCGGCGUGCUGCGGGCUGUGGAGGCAGCAGGCGUGGCUGUGGGGGGCUCUGUGGCAGGAGUGGCACUUUCUGCUGCUGGAGAUUUCGCAGUUGCUGCUGUCAGCAGCGAAAGCCGACUCGGUCGCUUUUUUAAAAGUGAUGGCGCAAAAAACGGGAUUCGGCUGCUGCGUCUGGAGGCCUCCUGA